CUCGGCUUAGACAUCCUUGUUGGUGAUAAUAUUAUCUUCAUGUGUUAAUCUUAGUUAUUUUCUUAUUUGCAGUCAUGGCAACCUGCAUGCAUAUCCUGAGGGUAGCUGAUGUGCGUGACAGCAACUCAUGACACAAUGAAUCAUUAACUACAUUGUAGUUAAGGCAGUAAAAUGGAGACAGAAAGUCGAGAGAGGAAGUUCAAGGAGGUUGAAAAGCUCGCUAAGCAAGGGGCUGAAUUUGUGAAAGAAGGCAAGCUAAAGAAGGCACUCACAGUGUAUGAAUCAGCAUAUGGCUAUACUGAGGACUUGGGCGAUGAAAAGGCAAGAAGAGCAUGUGCCUUUAAUGUAGGUGCUGUGUAUAUUGCACUGGGAUUUCCAGAGAAGGGCAUUGAGAUGCUAAGAGUAGCAGAGCGCUCUAGCCCUAACUCCCUCUGCUCCACGCCCUCUGGGGAUCUGUAUUUCAACUUGGGAGUGGCCAAUGAAAGUCUACAAAAUAUGGAACAGGCCAUCAACUUCUACAAGCAAGCUCUAGAGCUGUACGACAAAGAGGAUGACUAUCCCAACCAAGGAAGCAUCUGUAUUAAACUUGCACGCAUCUACUCCCAGUUGAAGUAUUUUGCUGAUUCUGCCAACUACUAUGGAAAGGCUGCCAGAGCUUUUGGAAUUCACCAGGAUCUGGGGAAGCAGGUGUCUUGCAAGUGCGAACAGGCCAAUCAGCUGUUCAGUGACUCGAAACAAAAUGAAGCUUUAGCACUAGCUGAAGACUGCCUCGAGAAGUGCUCGAAAAUAAGUGGUGAUCAGUACUUAGGUUUCAUGUACAAUGACCUGGGGUUAAUAUUCACCCAGUGCAACAUCUAUGACAAAGCUGAGAUGUGUUUUAACUUGGGCUUACAAGAUAGCAGAAAACCUAAUGGUGAUGAGAAACAGCAGGCUGUUCUCUUACAGAACCUGGGGGCCAUCUAUAAUUUUCUUGGAGACUACAGAAGAUCUUUACAAUUUCAUGAGGAAGCAGCUACAAAAUAUGCUAAACAGAAGAAUCGCACUUGUCAAGGCCAAUGUUUUUGUAACCAAGCUUUUGCGUACAGCCAGCUAAGGGACUAUGAGUCUGCCUCUGAAGCUUUCUUACAUGCCCUCCAGGCAGCAAAAGAUUCAGAUGAUAAGCAUUCCCGCUGGCAAAUCCUGGAAGGCUUAGGUGUUGUCACAUUUAUUCAGGGCAACAUCAACAAAUCUAUCAAGUUUUUAAAAGAAGCUUUGGCGGCUUUUAGCUGUACGGAUGAGGUGAACAGUGGUGUUCAGGACAGGCUGGUGGCAAAGCUGAGUAAAGCACUGGAGGCCCAAGUCAUGGCCAAAACAAGCCCAGGUACAAAUAUGGAAAUUCUCAUUGGUGAUGUACAGCCCACUCAGAUGCUGACUGCAUCUUUUGAGGACAAGCGACUAAGGACCAGCGGUUCAAUUCCAAUGCAGGGUAUGGCAGCAGCAGGGUCACAGCAGCUUGUGAAUGGCAGGGUUGUUGCUACACGGCCUGGCUCUCGGAGGUUUCAAACGGUGCCAAGGGGUCUGUCUCUGGAGAGCUUUGGGGAGCGGGUCUUCAGACAUGAGGGGGUCGUGUGGGGCCAGGAUGAUUUGUCACAACCUGGGCAGGACGUGGGACAACAUAAUGGAACAUUUGUCCAAGAUGUUCACAUCUCCAAAUAUGAGGAAGCCAUAAGAAAAAGGGAAAGGGAAGAGGUCAGUGAUGAGGAAACAGUUAAUGAUGAAGAGUCAUAUAGUAGUGAAGAAGACAGUGAUGAAGAAUGGGACAGUGAAGAAUAUGAAUCAUCAAGUGAAGAAUAUUCAACUGAAGACAGUGACUACAGUGCACAGAAGGGAGGUAAACCAGACCAGGGCAUUCUUGUCAAGCCGUCUACAUCCCAAGAUAGCCGAGACAGAUCAUCAAAUGCCAGAGGUGUAAGUUUCAAGAAGAAUGGCAUGCCAGACAAGAUACAUGAGCCUGUACAAGGUGAGAGAAUUUCCAGCGGUCAGAUUGGGUCUACGCCAUUACAAGAGAAUAAGGAAGAUUCCAUCCAAGAGACAGAGGCAACAAUCCAGCCAGAAUCAGCUCAGAUGAGCUCAAUUAGAGGAAUACCAAAUGAUAUCAAGGCAGCAGAUGAAACUGAGGAAUCAGGAGCUCUUCAUAUAACUACUGAAAAUAAAACUGUGCAGGAAACAUUUGUUGGGCAUGGAAUAGCUGACAAGGGUCAAUUAGCAGAUGACAGUGAUGACAGGCCAGUGAUUGAAGCUGCAUUGAUUGGAGGAAUUAAUGGUGACAGAUCAUUCCCCCAGUCUGCUGUUGUGAAGGAAGGAACAGUUGCUGAACACAGCUCAGCAGAUGAAACCUCAGAAUACCGUGAUGAGGAUACAACGGACGAGGAAGACAUCACUCACAGGGUGUCAGGACAUGACCCAGCGUUGCCCAUUGACUCAGCCCCGAGGACGCUCCUUGGGACGUAUGAAGUCCCUGUUCUGAAAGGAAAAGCUGGUGACCAUCGACCAACACAGAAUUUCUCUCCCGAUUAUGCAGAGAUAGACUUCACUGCCUCGGGGAGGCCGAUCAGCGGGUCGACGCCACGCAGCUCUGCAUCAGGAGAACGUGCACAGACCAGUAACUUCUUCCACUCAGACGAUGAAGGUGAAAUGAAAGUUGGUGCCCAGCCUGUACUGUGUGAGGAAGAGGAGGAGGAGGAGGGCCUGUACGAGUCUAUCCACCCAAGGGAAGAGGGGGAAGGUGUAGCACAGCUCCCACGUGGCCAUCGUGAACAAUUGCUGUACCAGGAACAUCAGAAACAGUUGGCUCAGGAGGCAGAGAAAAAACCAGAGGAAAAAUCUCGCUCGAGGAUGUGUACAGUGAUGUAGUUAGCAUACCGUCAACUCGUCGGAUAGGAGGAAUAAUAAGUAAGGACUCACAUUCUAGUAUUUACAUGUACUCAGAUAUGCAGUUUUAUUACACCUGAAACUUCCUAAUUCAGGAGAAACCACACCGCAGCAUGUAUGUAAUGGGAGACUCGAGAACAAUUACACAAAAGGUGCAAAUGACAGUAGAGCGCAUUGUUUCUUCUGUGACGUUGCUGAGCGUGUGUACUUUAUAUAUGUUUUAUGAGCACACAUACACUGAUAAUAAUAAAAAUAAUGAAAGAAAUAACAAUUGAGUUCAUAGCUUUGGACCAUCUUGUUACAGGAGGGAAGGAGUUUUAAGAGUUCCCCAUUAUAUACUAUUUCAUUUGAAACAUUUUAAUUUACAAAAGACCUCAUUCCAGCAUUUGUUCAGUUUGUAUGUGGUUAAUUGUUUGGUUAAAUAUAUUAGGAGAAAUCACAUUCAAGUAUUUGUGGACUUUUUAAUAUGUAUUUGUUUUACAGUUAUGUAGUACGCUGUUUCACACCUCACACAUCUCAGUUCUACAAUUCUUUCAUUUCUGCACUCUUGUGUCAAUUUUACACUUCAUUGUAGUGAAAUUAUGUAAUGUACUUUUUUCACUUUGAUGAGGAAGUUGGGAAAUACACUGCACAAUUCAGUUCUCAUGCAUAUUUCUUGUGUGAUAAUACUGAUGUAUGAAAUGAUGUAAUUGAUGAGGUCCAAGCUGUACAACUCAGUUAGAGCAGCAGUUAAUGGACUGCUGAUCUUGCACCUGAUUGGCUGAAAAAAACUUGUACAUGCCCUGGCAGUGAUUCAUAGUUAUGGUCUCUUUUGCGAGCGUGAAUAAUAUUGACGAAUGCUGAAGUGUAAAUAAAAUGACUGUGGUAGACAGUAUGAAAAUGAAAAGGACAAUAACCUUUUAGGGGGUAUUUCACAUGCAGAUGACUCUAAUGGUGCUGUCAUUUUGUAUGGCACUGCAGAAAAGAAAGACAAAUUCUGAUUACCAGUAGCUAAAAUUCUUGGGGAAGUCAAUAUCAUAUUAUAUUUAUGAACCAUCAUACAACAGAAUGUAAAAAGAGGCUGUCUUAUCAUGUAACUUAAUAAAAGAAAAUGUCAGUUAUUGUGUCACUUCUAUGAACAAU